AUGACCAAUUUAAAUGAUAAUUCAGUCGUUCUCCUCCGGCAGUCGCGGCUUCUCCUUGGGAAGCCUGUAGUCGAAGACUUAGAGAGAUGGUGCUCCCGACACAAAAGAAGGCGAGAGGGUAUCAUUCCACGGCUGGCGGUCGUCUAUUUCGAUACUGGAGCCGAUGCCAGAGAAUAUCUUCACAUCAAGGCCGAAGUGGCCGCCAAGGCCGGCGUAGACUAUACCACACACAAGCUCUUGCCGGACGCCUCAAUAGAAGAGGUGAUUAAUAGGAUUGCCACGUUGAAUGAAGACGGUUGCACGCAUGGAAUUCUUGUCCAACGGCCUAUACCAAAACAACUAUGCGAAGAGACGGUAAUGAAAGCAAUUGUGCAAGAGAAGCACGUUGAGGAGUACAGGCAAGGCAAACGCAGCAACAUUGCAGUUGAUGGGCUAAGGCGAUUACUGGCUGCAUACCGCAAAGAAUGGAUGCUUAAACUCGACAUUGUUCUCCUAGGAGGAACCAACAUUAUUACAUCAGAGUUCAAAGCGGAAAUGAAGCGUCGCUUUCGCUGGGUCAAUUUUAGCACAGCACUGGAGGGGAGAUGUUUUGGAAGUGAACGCGAAACGGUUAUCAUUACGGAAAUGAAUAAUGGCGGGUGUAUUAAGCCAAGGAUGGUUGGUCCGAUGGUGAAGUUGGUAAUUGACCUGGGCUUUGAUGUCAACACCGGUAUGGGAGAUCUAGACCCUGCGGUGCAAAGGAUGGAACACAUACUCAUAGUGCCUACCCCCGGAGGUGCUUUGCCUAUUUUAUUAUGGCUUAUGAUGGAGCGUCGCGUUCGAAAGACAAAGUCGCACUUGACUGUGAUAAAAGAUCGUGAGAGAGCUGCGCUUAUUGAAUACGUGGAGUCCCGAUCGAUUGCUAGCGACAUGCCUUGCACUCGUUGUUUCCGUGCAAAGGUCCCGUGUCGUUUUGGCGAGAAGUCUACACGCUGUAGGACUUGCAUCGAGGCGAAGAAACCUUGUGACGGCGUCCUCGUGGCGUCUACUCUUCAGAAGUUGAACUCUCAGCAAAAGGAGUGGGAUGAGAAAGAAGAGAAAGCGGGUGAGGAGCUAUUCGCGCUUCAUCAAGAGUUUGCUCGUUUGCAAGUUCAAAUGGCGGAUGCUGCGGGUCGUCUGAAACGGAUUCGGACGGUCCGUAAGAUAGUUCGGGAGCGGCAGACCGAAGUUUUUGAGCGUGGUAUGCAGGAGGUUGACAGGGAGGAUGGCGUCCUGGCGGACGACGAAGUCCUACCUGCCUUAGAUGCUCACGAGAGGUUCGUCGUUAGUAACCUCCAGGCAGUAGGUCUCGGGAAUGAUCCUCCUUGGUCCCUUUUUGGUUUUGGUGACGAGUUUAUGGGUUUGGGUCCUCUGGUGGAUGGCGCGGGUGCGGGGAGUGUUAGAGGUUCCUCGGCUACUCAGGGCUAG